UUUGGUUUGAACAGUUGAACAUAUAUUGUUUGAUAUACAGAAUUAUGAUUAUAUGAGUAUGCAUAAGUUUGGUAUAUAUGUGUGUAUUUGGAUAUUUGCAUAUAUGUGUGUUUGUAAGUGUAUGCACUUUCAAACUAACUUUUCCCUCGCCCUUCUUCUCCUUGCGGUUUAAACGUGAUUAAAAAGGUUUAAUCAAGUCCAUGAUGGAGGUUUCAGGGUUUCAGACCACAAGGAAUAUGGUUUUUGGAUCAUAUAUAAUGAUAUUUACAGGCAAAGGAUUGUGUGAAGACAAUGAGUAUAAUGGCACAUUUUGGAGAAGAAGUUUGCUAAAUGCAGAAAAUAUAAUUCCAUGUCCAAGUGGAUACGGAAACCUAAGCCGUUUUUGCAGUAUUACAGGACAUUGGGGGACAGUGCAAAACAACUGUGUGCCCGACUUCAAAUCGUUGAAACAUUGGUUGGAUGCUCAACUUCAAAACCAUACAUUGCCUUCAGACAGUGAGUACAAUGUUAAUGAUGCCCUGCUCGCAGUCCAUGGCCAGUCCCAGAAGAGCGAUCUGAGUGCUUCAGAAUUACACGCUUCUAUUGACUAUUUGGAUAAGAUAAUUCAACUUUCCCAAAACCACAACGUAUCCCUCCCACCAAAUGUGGUGGUAUCAACUAUUGACAAUCUAUUGUCUGAUAAAUACCCCCCUGGAUGGGAGACACCAUCGAAGAAGACGGGCGGCGAGAGAUCUAGAGCAAGCACGAUUUUGAAAACUGUGGACAAAUUUGGUCUGUAAAUCUUGGAAUCUAUAAAACAAAACGAAAGUAUCACAUUUAAUUCAACUAAAAAUAUUGUUGUGACCGUUGCCAAGGUACCCAUUGGCCAUGAUAUUAUUUUCCCUCACCACACGGAUUUAUCAAUUUCAUCCCUUACUUUACCAGUUCAAAUCAACGAGACAAAACAAAGUAUACCCUAUUUGGCUGUUAAAUAUAAAACCAUUGGAAAUAUCUUAAGGAACAACACUACUUCCAAAUAUGAAAUUGGAUCAGAUAUUUUAUCCUUCACGUUACAAACUGCUGAUCACGAGAUGAUGUUAAAUCCGCCGAUACAACUGAAAUUCUUACUGAAUGCGAAUACAAUUCCCAACAGCAGCCACUGUGUUUUUUGGGAUUUUAACCGCAAUGCCGGUAAUGGUGGGUGGUCAACAAAAGGCUGUCGAAGAAUAAUGGUAAAUCACUUGGUUAUAAAUUGCACGUGCAACCAUUUGACAAACUUUGCAGUCUUGGUGAGGCCAAAAUCAAAGAGAAAUGAGGACGCCCUGAGCUGGAUGUCUAGGAUUGGUUGUGUUAUCUCGAUCAUCUCUUCUACACUUACAGUAUUGUGUUACACUGUGUUCUGGAAAUCAAUUACGUCCGAGGUCAGCAAGCCAAUAGACAAGAUAACUGUUUCCCUUUGUCUCAGUAUAGCUAUGGCCUAUUCUUUAUUUCUGGGAGGAGUUGACAAGAUUGAAUACCAGGUGGGAUGUACGAUUAUUACGGCACUUUUGCAAGCAGUCUUCCUUCAUAUUUUCUUCUUGAUGCUGGUUCUUGCGCUGCUUUAUUUUGCGAACGUCACCUUAGUUAAACUUUCCUUUUCCAAAUCAGGAAAAUUCCAAAAUAUUAUGCAUUCCAAAAAGAAGUAUGUUCUUGGAAUAGUCAUAGGAAUGCCUAUUUGUAUCACAGCUGUAACGUUUGGAAUAAGUGCCAUCCAACACAGUAAUUACCAUACCAAAAUGAGUUGUUGGCUGUCCUCAGAAAGCGGCUCCCUGUAUGGAUUUCUGAUACCAGUAGGAAUCAUUGUUUUGCUCAACAUUGUAGUGUUAGUCAGUUUAAUUGUGACGGCAUGUUCCUCUAGAUUACUAUCACAGAGAACAGCAAAGAAAAGAGCAUUAUCUGGUAUAAAGUUCAUUUGCACCUUGGUUCCUCUCCUUGGAGUCAAUUGGUUAUUUGGUUUUCUGUCCGUCAGUGACGAUUCCACUGUAUUUCAGUAUGUCUUCGCUAUUUCAAAUUCGUUACAGGUAAUGUUUGAUCUUAAAUCAAUAUAUACAUGCUCAUUACUUUCGAUUGAGCGUUUGAAAUGCAUUGUCGUGAUAUGUUUAUUUCAGGGACUAUUCAUUUUCAUAACAAAAUGUCUAAUGAACAAAAAAUUUCGUUUUCAGAUGCAAAAAGUAUUCAUGAAAAAUGUAUGGAAUGUACUAGUUGUAAGGCUGCGGGAUAAUUGGUAUAUGUCACAAAGCAACGAGAGCUCCGGAACUCAUUCAACAGAUAUAAAGAAUUCAAAUGAGGAUCUUGGUAUCCACCUAGGUGAACAUUUUGGCAGGCAUGAAUAUUUUGCUUUAAUAAAUGAAAAACAUUGCAAGGGAAUAUCAUUUACACCAACAAACAAUCCAGUCCAUUUUGAAAGAAACUUAUGCGAAAGUAUUCUUUAUUAGACGAGGAACUUUUGUCUGCGGUAGCCAUAUUUAACUUGCACACAACAAAGAAAUACAUGUAUAGACAACCUCUGUGUGAUCCUUGUGGCACCAUAGCUUAGGAAGCAUUAUUAUAAUAUAUUUGAUACAUUUGAUAUCGUAGUUUUGACAAACCUCAUUAUAUUCAUUUUGACAUUAGAAGUUUGAGAACUCUUUGGCAACGGCAUUUUGAUUAAAUUAGACAACGUCACUAUGA